GGAAUAUGAAAGAAGUUGUGGAUAUCAUAGGCCAGAAAAAGCCAGCAGAAAAUGAAAUUCAUGCAGCCAGAGCCUUCCUUACAAGGAUUUUGAGAAAUUCUAUGAGGAAGAGUGAUCCGAGCUGGAGGCCUCACUCCUGGCAUGCCACCAAAUGCUCUGACAGCCACGUGGAGCCAGUGGCCUCUCUGUUCCCCUCUGCCAGCGGUGGCCCUUCCUGGCACAGCCGACACCACGCCAGUUCUUCCUCCCAUGACUUGUCCAGCUCAUGGGAGCAGACGACCCUCCAGCGUGCCUCUGGCCACUUCAGCUCCCUGGGGAGUAUGGACAGCCUGGACCACCCCUCCCAGUCCUACCCCUCUGGCCGUCUUUCAGCAGCCAAGUCCAACAGCAGCAUCGACCACCUGGGUUCCCAUAGCCAGCGAGACUCAGCGUAUGGCUCCUUCUCCACCAGAGCCCCGACUGGACUGCAGCUGGCCAUCCUCUGA